AUGUCACUUAUGGAAAAUCACUCAGAGGUCAAUGAAUUCAUUCUUGUGGGGUUAACAGAUGUCCCAGAACUUCAGAUGCCCCUCUUCAUAAUUUUCACCUUUAUUUAUUUGAUCACUCUGUUGGGAAACCUUGGCAUGGUAGUGCUGAUCUCCUUGGACUCCCAUCUCCACAACCCAAUGUACUUUUUUCUCAGUAACCUGUCUUUGGUGGAUUUUGGUUAUUCUUCAGCUAUUACUCCCAAGGUAAUAGCAGGAUUCCUUACAGGGCACAAAGUCAUCUCUUACAAUGGAUGUGCCGCACAAAUGUUCUUCUUCAUGGCGUUUGCCAGUGUGGACUGUUUCCUUCUAGCUGUGAUGGCAUAUGAUCGCCAUGCAGCAGUGUGUAAGCCCCUACAUUAUGGCACCACCAUGACAUUGAGUGUGUGUAUUUGCCUGGCUAUCGGGGUUUAUAUUUGUGGCUUCCUUCAGUCAUCUAUUAACAUUGGAUGUAUCUUUCACCUCUCCUUUUGCAAUUCCAAUGUGGUCCAUCACUUUUUCUGUGAUAUUCCCCCACUCUUGGCUCUCUCAUGCUCUGAUAUCUAUAUCAAUGAGGUGGUGAUCUUUAUUUUAGCAGGAUUUAAUGUUUCUUUUACUCUCUUGGUAAUUGUGACCUCCUAUGUAUUCAUCUUCAUUGCCAUCUUAAGGAUUCACUCUUCUGAGGGUCGGCAUAAAGCCUUCUCUACCUGUGCUUCCCACCUCACAGCUGUGUCUAUUUUCUAUGGGACAAUCAUCUUCAUGUACUUCCAGCCCAACUCAAGUCACUCUAUGGACACAGACAAAUUGGUAUCAGUAUUCUACACAAUGGUUAUUCCAAUGCUAAAUCCUUUAGUCUACAGCUUGAGGAACAAGGAAGUCAAGAAUGCUUUCAGGAAAGCUGCUGGGAGAAAAUUUCUACUGGGUGUAUGA